CGGGAUGACGCCGCUCCAGGUCUGCGAUCGCGGCAAAGGGCAGGGCACGGCGGAGUAGCCGUUUCUCCGGCUGCGCUGCGCCCGGUGGAUUAAAGAAAGCCCCAGACACGAAGAAGCCGCCUUGGAAGAGAGGAGGGGAUAUGGUGGCUCACGACGACGCCGGGGGCUUGCUCCCUAUUAAGAGGACUAUUCGGGUGAUAGACGCGCAGAACCAGUCUUUCAGGGAGCAAGAGGAGCCUAGCAAUAAGCGCGUCCGACCUCUGGCUCGGGUCACCUCCUUGGCAAACCUGAUUUCCCCUGUAAGAAAUGGUGCAGUGCGACGAUUUGGCCAGACCAUACAGUCAUUCUCCCUUCGCGGCGAAAGCAAAUCACCAGGUAGCGCCCAGAAGCUGUGUAGCCGGUCAGCUGCCCCGACGCCUCCCAAAAGAAGGAACAGCGUGCUUUGGUCUGAGACGUUGGAUGUCAACAUGAAAGAGAUGCUGAGCACCAAAGAAAUCAAACGUCAAGAGGCAAUAUAUGAAAUGUCCCGGGGUGAACAGGAUUUGAUUGAAGACCUAAAGCUUGCCAGAAAGGCUUACCAUGACCCCAUGUUGAAGUUGUCCAUUAUGUCUGAAGAAGAGCUCACUCACAUUUUCGGGGACUUGGAUUCGUAUAUUCCUUUGCAUGAAGACUUCCUGGCGAGACUGGGAGAAGCGACAAGACCAGAUGGAACAGUGGAGCAAAUUGGACCCAUUCUUGUGAAAUGGCUUCCUGGAUUGAAUGCAUACAAGGGCUACUGCAGUAACCAGUUAGCUGCUAAAGCCCUUCUGGACCAGAAGAAGCAAGAUCGCAGAGUCCAGGACUUCCUCCAGCGUUGCCUCGAAUCUCCUUUCAGUCGCAAGCUGGACCUCUGGAGCUUUCUGGAUAUCCCGCGGAGUCGUCUGGUCAAGUACCCUCUGCUCUUGAAGGAAAUCCUUCGGCACACGCCCAACGAUCAUCCUGACGUUCAGAUUCUGGAAGAAGCAAUCUCCAUAAUCCAAGGAGUCCUCUCCGACAUCAACUUGAAGAAAGGGGAGUCUGAAUGCCAGUACUAUAUCGAUAAGCUGGAGUACCUUGAUGAGAAACAGAGAGACCCACGGAUCGAAGCUAGCAAAGUCCUGCUUUGCCAUGGGGAGCUGAAGAACAAGAACGGCCAUAAACUCUACGUCUUCCUGUUCCAAGAUAUCUUGGUCCUAACUCGGCCUGUGACACGUAAUGAGCGCCAUUCUUUCCAAGUGUAUCGGCAGCCGAUACCAGUUCAGGACCUGGUGCUGGAGGACUUGCAGGACGGUGAUGUGAAAAUGGGAGGCUCCUUUCGAGGUGCAUUUGGCAAUUCUGAUAAAGCUAAAAACAUCUUCCGAGUCCGUUUCCGAGACCCUGCUCCAGGCCAGUCGCACACGCUGCAGGCCAACGACAUCUUCCACAAGCAACAGUGGUUCAACUGCAUCCGCUCCGCCAUUGCGCCUUACCAGCCAGCGGUUACGCCUUCCGAGCUAAAAGAGCUCCCAGAGCUUAGCGAAGAGGGGGAAGAGAACAAUCCCUCUGUGUCCAGCGCUAAAAUCCAAAGGAGGCAGUCCUCUGUGUCUGCCAGUAUUCACAUGGAGCUAGACGAGAAUGCUUCCGAGUGCGGAGGCCCUGUGAUGGACAUAAACGAAGAGCCCAAGAGUGCAAAGACGUAUAGGGUGCAUUCUGGGCUCCGGAGGACAAGGGAUAAAGCCCAGCUCAGCGGCAAGCGGAAAGAGACGCUGGUUUAAAGGAGGCGGAGGCCUUCCUCCACUGUUUAUUUAUAAAUAAAAAGUGUACAUUUUCUUUCCUGUAAUGUGAGAAUGGUGGGGGUUACUCCUGAACGUAAAUGUCUGUGUGUUUUUUGUUUUGUUUUUAUGGCAGCUACUGGUUUUCAGCAAACAUUGUUGAACUGGAGUCUGAUUCUGGAAAAAUAAUAAUCAAGGACUCUGAUUUCUGGGUUGUAGCCGGACACUCCAUACUUGACUGUGAUAUCAUGUUAUCUUUGGACAACAUCUAUCACUGGAUUGGACGCUGAGAAACUCCACAUUUUUGAGGUUUGAUUCCCAAAGAGUAUAGAGCAAUUCCAUUCUAAAAGUCUUAUUUUUCUCACCAGAUCCGUACUGCAAAAUUGAUCCUUGUUUUAAAUUGAGUAUUCUUUAGUUUGUGGUGCAAUUCUCAUUUACACAGUAAUGGAGCAGUUUAAUUAAGUUCAACGGAAUUAUUCCAGCGUUUACUCCAGAGGGAAGGGCUCUUGAGGCCUUUCGCCCACAUUUCCUAAGAAAACAGACUCCCAAGUUCAACAGUUUUCUAUCUUACUGACUGGAAUUCUGUACCUUAUUUUUGUUGUUCGUUGUACAUUCCUUGUUUGAAUUGACGUGACCUGCCAAGUAUUUAAUCUUUUUUUUAUUAUUAUUAUUAUUAUUUGAACAAGUUCGUUGAGAACUCAUUUUGUACUUCAAAUUCAGUGUAUUUCUCAACAUUUGGAUUGACUUUUUUUUUUAAAGUACUUGGUGUGUGUAUGUGUGUGCAUAUGUAUUGUACGUUAUGUAUAUUUAAAAGCCAAUUCGGAACUUUACCAGGUGAAGCAAAGCCAUAUAUUCUUGAGCCAUUGGGGAAAUGGGAGUACAGAGAUCCCCCCGUCCCCCAACUGGUCUGUGCCUUUAAAAAUAGCUCUAUUUCAAAGUUGAGGAGUUGAGUCAUGAGAUUCUUCUCCCUCCCCUUUAAAGGUACAGGGAAACCCAAAUGGUCAGCAAGUAGCCAUCUUGAGGGGAGGGAAGUCCGUUUUGAUGUAGCAUUUUGGCUGGCCACAACAGACCUGUAGAGCAGCUUGUGUGCUCUGAACUACUGAAAGGGAAUCGCGGUGAACAGAGAAGGUUUAGAGAAUGUCGUAGAAGGUUUAGGCAGAGAGGGAAAGUGUGCCACGGAGAGGCGCAAAGGGAUGAAGUUAUCUUUUUCAGGUGUCAGAGGAUGCCUGCUGUUGGAAGCGAAGGAAGGCGUAAUUGUAUGUUGUUAGAAGAAUCGGGAAGUGGUGAUGUGUGUGUUAGUGGGGAUAAGAAAGGAAACGGGUGAAGUCUAUUUACUUGUGACUUUUUGUGUGUGCGCAAGGCCUAAUCUCAAGAUGGGAAGGGCAGUUUAACGUCAUGCAAAAUAGCAUAAAACAGCUGCGAGCUGUUUUAAUAACAUGCCUGCAGCGCUACCAAACAUUAGCCCAAGAGAAAGGAGAGUACUGAAAGUGAGUUUAGG